GUAUACUAUUGUGGUGUUGUCUUGUGAGAAGGUGAGGAUACCUGAGCAAACUCCUUGGUUGCUUACCUGUAUGCUAUAAGACGUUGAACGAUCAACAGCUAAACGCGAGUUUUAUCCGCGAGUUGUUUCACCAAUUUAAUAUAUUCGCGUAAAGGUAAAGGUGUUAAAGUUGGGACCAGUCCGGGACUUGGCCUCGUCACAUUUACGUCUGUUGCUGAAAGUGCGCGUGAGCUAAAUAUUAUUAAAAACAAGGAUAGUAAAAAAAAAGAUAAUUGGUCAUUAACAAAAUAUUAUUUAAGUGCGCAGUAUUAUUUUAGUCAGUAACUAUGACGAAAGUAAAUGCAUCUUGCAAGUGAUUUUUUCAUUUUUCAUACGUGGAAUAUUUUUAUUUUUUGUGUGAUAAUAUGGUUUAAUAUAAAGAUGACGCACUGAAAAUCAUUGCACGGACAUAACUUCCGGUAGCGACUUGUGGGUAUAAAAAAAAAUAAUAAACGCGAUUAAAAUUUAAACGACGGAUUGCUAUUUAAAGAUUUAAUUUAGUAUUACUAAUGAGUAAUGAGGAUAUAGUAUUUAAAUGACUAACUUUCAUUCAUUGAAUAUUAAAUAAAUAUAUUAAGUAUUCGUCCAUACUUGUGUAUAUAGUAAAUAAUAUAAUAACCAUAAUAAUAAUAAUAAUAAUAAUAAAUAAAAGUCAACAAAGGUGGAUGCGUUACCGUGGGUUGGCAUUUAACGGACGGCCGUUCGAUAUAACGAUUUCAUAAGCAUACAGGCUAGUAUUAUCCUGAAAUGUUUCGAAGGCCGAUGCCGAUAUCGAUGCGGCUCCUGCUGCUAACAGAGAUUCUGCUCCUCUUUAUUUCAUUAUUUAUCAGUGACGCCAAUGGCCACGUUGCUCUUACCUUCCCACGAGCACGGAAGUACGACCUCGACUUCCUAGACAGCGCAAGAACUCCUGGACCCUGUGGAAUGCCACGAGGAGACAUAAAAACAAGUUUAUUGUCCGGCAGUCAAUUCAACGUAUCCUGGCAUCUGGCUUAUCCGCACCGAGGAGGAUUUAGAUUACAAAUUCUUGAUGCACUUGAUCGUCCGCUUGUCGAUCUCACUCCUGUGACGAAGCAGAGUGAAUUCGUUGAAGAUGACGCUACGGCACAGCAUUACCCAGUUGAAUUGCCACAGAAUUUCACCUGCACCGAUUGCACAAUCCGGCUUCUUCGUGAGGCCGAAGAGUGGGGGUCCAGUUACAGGUUUUGGUCUUGUGCUGACAUUGAUAUAUUAGAUAGGAAAACAUAUCGGGAAGAUUGCAGCGGGCAUGGGAGAUCGUUGGUUGGUAGAUGUAGAUGUGACCGAUUUUACCACGGGCCAAGGUGUGAAUUUAGGGAAGAUUGUCUUGAUGAUUCGGACUGCGGAAAUCAGGGCACUUGUGUUGACAAUGGUGGUACAACAUUUCCCACGAAACAUUGUUAUUGCAAUGUUGGGUGGUUUGGGCCAGGUUGCGCUAAGAGAUCAGCAAUUAAGUCUACUGAAAUAGACCUACAGGGACAUACAAUGAUACGUUUCUCAGAAGACUUUGUCUUUUAUUGGCGAAUACUCAAGGACUCAAAAGAAUUAGAAGGUGUAAUGAUAGUUAAUGACACAUCGUGGGUUGGAGUUGGCUGGCGUCCAAGCAGUUUAACGCCAUCGUGUCGUGCGUUCCCUGAAAUUCACGGCAAGAAUUACGUCCAGGCUGAGCCAUUGCCUCAUCCUGAGCCAAAAUCUCAAGUUACUUUAGCAAAAAAUAAUUCACGCUCAGAUAAUUCCGCUGAGCCGAAACCUGAACCGACUCACGGUGCGCUUACCGGUGAACAAACCGCUGAGCCAUCAUCAAAGUCUGCUGCUAAAAGACGAUCUCCCAAAUCCCCUCGUUCUGAAUUGUCCGUUACCUCGAGAACAAAUAACAAUGAUGUAACUGUUCAAACAAGUGUUACUUAUCAAGUUAGCACCCAGCAAGGACGUAAGAAACGGUCACCUGAGUUCGGAACUCCUGCGCCAACUGCCGGAGAGCCUACCAGUGAACCAGAACCAGCUUCUGAGCCUGAACCGAAAUCAAAAACUAAACCCAAUAUAUCCGAACCACUUCCAGAACCUGAACCUUCACCUGAACCCGAACCUGCACCCGAACCUGAACCUAAAUCUGUACCUGAACCAUCACCUGUGCCCGAACCAUCACCUGAACCUGAACCUAAAUCAAUUUCAGAAUCAAAAUUAAAAUCAACAUCUAAUGUAGAACCUAAACCUGAACCCGAACCAUCACCUGAACCUGAACCCGAACCUAAAUCAUUACCAGAACCACAUCCAGAACCAGAACCACAUCCUGAGCCUGAACCAGAACCUAAAUCUUUACCUGAACCACAUCCAGAACCAGAACCACAUCCUGAGCCCGAACCAGAACCUAAAUCUUUACCUGAACCACAUCCAGAACCUGAACCAGAACCUGAACCUAAUUUACAAUCAAGUUCCAAGUCAGAAAAUGAAGAUUCUGAAAUUAGCACCAAAUCAGGCGCAACAAAAGCACCAGUGAGACCGGAAGUUCAUGAAUACACACCGAAACACGACUUUAAUCCGAUGGACUGCACGGACAUGAUAAUUGGAAUGGCCAGAGAGAAUACCCACAGGAUCGGUGAUUAUUACACCCGCGAUCGUUCUACUCCGCGUAAUGACGCGUUUUGGGGAGGGAAGGACAGCUUGACUGCUGCGAUGGGAUAUGAGAAGGAUGGCGUCACGACGAUUAUGUUUAGACGCAAGUUAACAACCAAUGAGCUGACUGAUCAUGAAAUAGUUGAUGGCGAUAUGCAGGUUAUUUGGGCCAGAGGACAACAGAAGGGUAAUUAUAUCCACCAGCCUCCCAGUGGUGUCGAAAAGAGCAAGGUCAGUGUCAAGGAUUUCUACAAGACUGACGAGCUCAAGUAUCACGGCCACAAAAAUCAACGAGGCGUGGCAACUUUUAACUUUUUUGAUGAGAAAACCAGAAGUAAAGAUGAAUUAGGCGGACCUAUUCCGCUUGAAAGUGGAAAUUGCGGCGGAGAAUGGAAAUAUCCAAGAAGUUGUAACGUAAAAAAUUUCACCUGCGAGUAUUACAUUCGGUGGAGUUACAAGACAAGGAAGGAUCAAAUAACAUUUACAAUAAAAACUAAAAACACGGAUACCUGGACGGGAAUCGGAUUUUCAGAGGAUGACAAAAUGACACAAACGGAUGCUAUAUUAGGAUGGGUUGAUAAAACAAAUGGAAGAGCAUUUGUUAUGGAUACCUGGAUAAGUGGUUACAGUCUACCACUUUUAGAUCCUUCCCAAGAUAUUUACAAUAUAAGUGGUAAUAUUGAAAAUGGCGUAACGACUCUAAUGUUCUCCCGGAAACGCGCCACUAAAGACACUAAAGAUUUCUCAUUUACGGAUGACCAUUGUCUCUAUAUGAUGUUCCCUGUGAAAGGCGGAAUAUUCAAUGCUGUUAAUAAGAAAAUAAGAAAACAUACGCGAGUUCCAAUCGUUUCAUCAGAGCGCAUUUGCAUUAAAUCAUGUGGCAUUGAAGAGCCUGAUGAUGAUGAUGACAAAAUGACUUCAGUACCUCCGGGAAUUGAUUACGAAGUUGAGGUUAAACUCGUUAAUGUUGGCGACGGUUUCAAAACUUCACAAUUUGGGACACAGGAAUUUGAAAUAACCUCCAAUAGAAUUUCGGGAGAUUUUGAACCGACUUUAAAAAACAAAAUUCCCGGGUUUUAUGCAACACAACUCAGUGAACUUAAAAGAAAUGACGACAAUGGAAUAAUUGCAAAAAUGAAUGUAAUUAUUGAUAAAAAUAUUGAUAAAGAACGACCUUUUAAACCAAGUGAAACUUUGAUGCUAAUUGAACAAGUUUUGAAAGAAGCUGUAUUAACAGGAAAAAUAGGAUCUCUUCGCGUUGAUCCAAGUUAUCUUGUAGUCAAACCUCCAAUAGGAUACGAAUUGAGCGAAGACAAAGAAAGAAAUAUGCAAUCAAAUGAUUUGUUACUCGGCACAACAAAACUUUACCUUGUUAUUGGAUGUAUUGCUGCUUUGAUAGCAUUAGCAUUAUUACAAGCCAUUUGUACUCUUUACAAAGCAACUCGUAAAAGAAUGACUAAGCAGGAGCGUUUGAUCACGAAUAAUAUGUGGAAAGAUUAUUCAACGGGUGCCAAGACAAAUUUUGGUUUCGAAGCCUUUGAGACUGAAGAAAAAGUACCACCGCCUCCGGUAUCUAAUCCUCCGAGAACAAGAGACGUAACAGACGGCGCAAUAACUAUGUCAGCUGGUGGAAAAAAUAUGAUGGAAAAACAUCGAUUGAGUAGCAGCAGCAAUGGUCAUAAUCAUAAUCAUAAUCACAACCAUAAUAACAACAGUAGUAAUAAUAGCAACAGCCACCAUCAUACUCAUCAAAUGUCAUCUACACCACGAGCAACUUAUAGUUUGCCUCGUGCUCCGGGUACUAGACAACCAUCGCCACCACCACAACUCAGUUAUUACACUCAAGACCGUAGAAAUAAUCGUAAGAGUAAUAAUAAUGCUAAUGGUAAUUCACAAUCGGGUCAACAACCUGACUUUUAUUUCAUGCCAAGUCAACGAAAAUACAGCGGCGAGGUCGUUCGCGUUUAUGUUGAUUAUGGAAAUCAAAAACCUAAAUAAUUAACCCCCACUACCCCAGUAUUUUCACAGUUUAUUAUUACUAUUUUAUUUAUUUUUAUAAUUUCAAAUUCCAUGGACUUUUAUUAUUCCAAUUUGGCUAUUGUACAUAAUUUUAAUUUUAAUGUUAACUUUUUUUUUUUUUAAGAAGAGAAUAAAUUUACUCGUUUUUUUUUUUUAAAUUUUAUUUGUAUAGAUAUAUGGUGCUAAUUUGUUAAUUGUGUAUAUGAGAGUUUUGUUAUUUUAAUAUAUUGAUAUUUCUAUUUUAAGUGUGUUUCGAAAACUUUAUAUUUUUUUUGAAUAUUUAAUUUUGCUGACAUUGGUCGUGAAGUAAUUGAUUAAUUAUUAGUUCAAGUUAUUUACUUUCUACGAUAUUUUAAUUGACGGGUUAUAGAAAAUUUGAGUUGAGUUUAAAACUUUAAGUAUUGUCAUUAAAAACAAAUUAUAUUUUUUGACGUAUCGGGUCAAAUUACAUUUUUUUGGGGUUAGGUUGUUUUUGGGUGACUUAAAUUUGUUACUUAAAAAUUUUAAAGAGUGUAAACCUAAUAAGAAAUUCAAAAACGUUACUUUCUCUAAAAUAUGGAGUUAGGCAGUUUUCUAUUGAGUAAGACAAUAUAUUUAUCAAAAUGAUAUUUAGAAAGAAAUAUAUCAAAAAAUGAUAUUAUUAAGAUAUUUAAAGUAGAAAUAUCGAUAUUAAUCAUAAACGAUAGUGUAAAU